CCUGCUGCUCCAGAUUUGGCCACAUGACCCAUCGCAUCUGUGAGAUAACCUUUUUCAUGCUGCUCUCUGCAGUGUGUGUAAUGCUGAAUUUGGCUGGUUCAAUUCUCUCCUGUCAGAAUGCUCAGCUAGUCAACUCCCUAGAAGGCUGUCAGUUGAUUAAGUUUGACAGUGUCGGGGUGUGUGUCUGCUGUGAAAUGCAGCACCAGUCAUCUGGCUGCAGCAACCUUGGGGAGACGCUGAAGCUGAAUCCGCUGCAGGAGGACUGCAACGCCGUGAGGCUGACGUUGAAG